AUGAGCUUGUCGCCCGAGCUCAGCAUCGCGCUCCAGCGCAUAACCACUUGCAAUAAAAGCGACCGCUUGCUCAUGGUGGUACGCGACGACCUAAUCAAAAGUUUGCAAGCGGCACAUACCGCAGUGGCUUACGCUCACGAAGCGUGGAUGCAGCUCGAGCGGUUGGGUGCGGGCCUGAUGUCCAUCGGGAGGUUGGUCGGUUUUGUUGACAGGGACAAGAUGCACAAGGCUUUCAAGGACUCCAAGCUGUUGAUGCGUGACAGAGUGGUGUGGCAAGCUAUGGGUCGUUUCCGCACGAUGUUGGACACGCAGGUCAUCAUGGACUACUUGGCGGUCAUUGUCAACAGCGACAACACGCGGCUGAGUCAACUUCGGAAUGCCUACUACAAGGUACAAUCUGAUGUUGUUGCUGGGGUCAUGGCGAACUACUAUAGCUGGGAGAAGUUCGCCAGGAAUGUGUGCGGCAAUGUUGAAGAUGAUCACAUGCAGGCCGUUCUCAUGAACAUGGGCCGUCUCGUGGACCUCAGUGCGCAGAAUUUCUACCCGAGCUUGACGGAAGUGCCCUUCAUCGUCAACGACGCUCUUUCGAAGACGUGGUCGCAUUCCGAAUCGCAGUUGCCUGGCGGCACGACCUCCAACUCCAACGCUACAAAGAUGACGUCUGAUGCCACGGCCCUGCAAUGGUCCUUAGCCGAACUUGGACGUGCUCUUGCCUACCCUGACUUUGUGGACCCAGUGCAUGAGGCCAAGGAACUGAGCAACACGGCGAGCCUCGUUGCCAUCCAUCACUCCGUUGCAGCCUGGGCGCGUCUGCGCAACUCUUUGGUGCGAUGA